AUGCAUGAGACCAUCCUGGCGAACUGCUCCGCAGAACGCCGCAUGGGGAGCACUGUGCCUCUUCGGAGGCUGGUGGAGGCGGAGCUGGGCAAGAUUGACGCAGCAGCUGGGCGCUCCCAAGCUGGAAAGCUGUCAUCAGUAGAGAGGAACGCUGUCACCUUCCUGUGCUUGACCACUGAGCCUGUGAGGCGAAAGCUUCAUUGCAUAUGGGGCGACGAGAAGGUCGCGCACAGCGCGAUUCCGACAGAGUACCUUGAUAUCAAAGGCCCUGCGCGAUUCCUCCUUGAGACGACUGUCCCUGAAGAGAAAGCGGAGUGGAGAGAGCGCACAGCACCAUCUGAGGAGAGAAUCCUGCUGUGGUUGGACCGCAUGGCUGAGGCGUUCAGCUGGCGCCUGCGAGAAGCGUACGAGAAGGCGGAGCGGCCUGCCAUGGACUCGGUCGCCCACAAAUUCCGGGAUGGUGAGCCAGAGGUCGUCUACCGGACAGCUUGCAUGUUCCUGGAGAGCAAUCCUGACCAGGUGGCUCUGAUGAGCCAGGAGCGCCAGCAAGAGAUGCUGCAAGAAUUCUUGCGCGGCAAGAUUCACAGCAUGGUCGCGUCCGCAAAGGCCAUGGACCCAACAUACAGGCCAAGGACCCACCUGAGGUUCCUGCGGGAGGCGCUGAGCAUGUCGGAGGGCGAUCAGCAGGCACUGCAGGCAGAGGAGGCUCAAGCAGAGGCAAGCCGAAACAGCCAGAAGGCCAUGCUGCUGGAGCUGGUCCGUGUGCGCUUGGACGGGGCCCGCACUGAGUUUGCCCAGCGUGUGAGCCAGAUUGCGGACCACGAUGAGCAGAAUGCAGUGAAGCGCAUGGAGUCGAAGGAGGCCGCCCACGAGGCUCUCAGCCACAUGCUGGAGGCUCACCUCCAGCAGUUGUACACUGCCGGCGCCAUGACCCGCUCGGAGAAGGAUGCUGCCACAGUGGAGCUCAAGAAGGCCAAGGUGGCCACGAUUCACCGCCCCUCUUGGCGCAGAUUCAUGGAAGCUGCUGGCCGCACAGCUGCCGAGAUGCCACUGCCGGAGGGUGUUCCUGCAGCUGACCCCCACACCAUGCUCCGUGUGAAUGUGAUCGACUGCUGCGCCAUGGGCCCGACCCACACACAGCUCUACGCAGAAAUGGUGGAAGAUGCAGCAAAGGAAGCUGCCACUUUUCCAGCUACUUUUCUCGGCAUCUGCAAACUGCCGAACGUCGCCAGCAGGAGCAGCAAGAGCUCGGACCCGGAGCAGGCAGUCGAGGAAGCCCAGAGCUCAGUCUUAGAAAAGCUGAAGGAGGGGUCCAACCAUUUCCGCGUCCAAGUUGUCCAAAUCCACAAGAGCCCUAAGCGCAAGUACUGGCAUCCGCUUGCCAUUUUCGUGUCUGACGAGAGGGACGCGGAGGGCAAGCCGGUGUCUCUCUUCACACGGAGGCCCCGUUCGGAGUACAAGCACUGGACCGCCGAUUGCAGCAGUGUAGCCAACGUCAUGUCCAGCGCCGGGGAUAACGAAGUGACUGAUCUCCGGCAGCAUCAUAGCGGUGUCGGGCUGAAUUCGCAGCUUCUUCGAGCCUGCCUGAGCGGAUUCUCCACCAAGCUGACGGCACACGUCCGAGACUGGACCCCGGCGGAUGACUGCCUGAGCCGAGCAUGCAUGGCUCUCAACGCUGAGAAGCCCAGAGAGCUGCCUCGGCUUGCCUACACAGCGACUGCAUGGGAGCACUUCUUACAAGUUGGGGCUGGCAAGAGGUUGAUCGAAAAUUUGAACGUUGCCAUGACAGCGAACCUGCGGAGGAUGGUGAUCAACAAAGACUACGAGUUGCCAGGCCUGCGAGCUGAGGACUAUCAGGCACUCUUGGGGGAAGCUGACUCAGGGAAUCCAGCGGCAGCAGAUAGCACGCUGCCAAUGCCCCGCAAGAUCUAUGUGUGCAUUCCUCGCAAGAGCUCGCGGCAGUGGGAACUUCCCAUCCUCGAGAAGGAAAUUGCCAAGUGGAAGGCUGACAUGCCAGCCUUGGUGGCGGACAUCGACAGCCUUGUGUCGCAGCACAACCAGGCGGCAAACCCGUCCGGCACGGCCUACGCGCUCGCUGAGGAGAAGGAAGGCGACCAUCAGCCUGAGCCUGACUUACCCCUGGACCGCUCCAAGCUGCUGGAGGACUUGCCGCAGCAGCCGAAGACUGUAGCAGAGAUGCCAGGGCAGGUUUUCGAGGUGAAGGCCACCAAGACGCUGACUCUCAUUUCCAACUCGUGCCACGACCUCUUCGUGACCGCCAGUGAGGACCUCAUGCUUGACCCGAACACUACCAUGUUCACGGUGCGGGGGAAGUGGCUCUUCCGCGAGAAGGCAGACCAGGCACUCCAAGAAGCAGGGCAAGCUUUCUCAGCCAAGCUGACGCCUGACAGCACGGUGCUCUCGGAGGACUCGGCAAGAAAAGCCUCGCCAGUGCUGGCUGACAUGCCGACCACAUGCAUGCCACUGCAGAAGUAUGUCCAGGAACUGGCACGUCGCAACUUCGUCCAUCCAAAGCUCAUGGGGCACACAAUCGGUCGGAAAGAUGGCAGCACACAGUAUGAGGUCACACCAGCUGGCUCCAAUGCGUUCGAAGCUGUGCCGCCAAAGGGCCGGCUGCCGAAGCCGACUGUGCAGAAUUUUUCCACCUUCGCAGCCUUGCCAAUUCUGCUGGCAGCGGACCGUGUGGAGUUGGUGCCCCGCGUGAGCUUCAAUCCUGACAACAACACAAUCGAACUGGGCUUCCCAGGAGUUCACGUGACGCGGCCAGUUGCCUUGCUUGCCGGAUCGCUGUGCUGCCUGGCCCUCAACCCCAACCGCAACGCGAAGCCAGCCAAGGAGGACGAGUCUGGAGCGGAGAGUGAGGGGGACGACGGUGGGCCGGAGAAGCGUGUCAAGAAGCGCCGCAGGCGCACUCCCAAGCAGAUGGCGCUGACACCCAAGCGGGCUCGCAAGGCGAAGGCCCCCAAAGCAACUUGA